GUUAAAGAGAUCUGUAUUUGAUGAAAAUAAAGUAAAAAAAAAAUUUAAAGUAUAAAUUUAUAAAUUAAUUAAAAAAACAAGAAUAUAUAUUUAAUAAUGUAAAUUAUAAUUUAUUUUAAAUAUAAAAUUCUUAUUUAUUAUUUUUAAGUUUCAUAUUAAAUUAAUUUUAUUUAUUUGAACUUGCGAAUUUUAUACAAAAGAGAGUUUUCAAGAAAUAAAAAGAAAAAAUAUAUAAAAAUUUUUAAUUUACUGUUAUACAGAAAUCAAUAAUUUCAUUAAAUUACAUUUUAAAAAUCAGAAAUUUUUUAAAUUUAUUAUACAUAAAAAUUUACAAUGAGUAGUCGAAUUGGACGACAAAUAUCAGAGCUCUCAGAUAUGAGUGCAUCAGAAUUAAAUGAAGCUAUUGAUGAUACAAAUUUUCCGCAAGCUCAUAUAUUAUCAAGACGUUUUAGUAACAGUAUAUGCAGUAUUAAUAGCUCAUCACCAAAUAGCUAUGAAACAAAUAAUUCAACAACAAAUAAUAAUUAUAAGAAUUCUGUUAUGAAUGGUUCUACAGCUGAUGUUAAUGAUAAAAUUGAAAAUGAUAAGCAACAACAUUUUUUUAGUAAUACUAUUGAAGAAGAAGAGAAAUAUAAUUUAGAAAAUGGUAAAGAUAAAAUAAAAUCAUCAUAUUCUAUUGAUGGUUUUUCAAAUGAUAAAUCAACGAAUAGAUCAAAUCAUCAAAUUGGAACAUCAUAUAUUGAAUCAACACCAUCAUUAUCAUCAACAACUGGUAUAAAUCAUAAUCAACAACAGACCCAACAAUCAUCAUCAUCAUCAUCAUCAAAAUGUACAUUAGUUAGACGUACAUCAUUAACACCGGGACAUGAAAAUUGUACAUUUCAUCAUGAUCUUGAAUUUGAUCAUAAACCACCAACAAGAGAAGCAUUAUUACCAGAAAUGUCAAGAUCAUAUCGUCUUUUAUUAAGUAGUUUAGGUGAAGAUCCCGAUCGUCAAGGUUUAUUAAAAACACCAGAACGUGCUGCUAAAGCAAUGUUAUUUUUUACAAAAGGUUACGAUCAAAAUUUAGAAGAAGUAUUAAAUGGUGCUAUUUUUGAUGAAGAUCAUGAUGAAAUGGUUGUUGUUAAAGAUAUUGAAUUUUUUUCAAUGUGUGAACAUCAUUUAGUACCAUUUUAUGGUAGUGUAUCAAUUGGUUAUCUACCAUGUAAUAAAAUUUUGGGUUUAAGUAAAUUGGCACGUAUUGUUGAAAUAUUUUCAAGGAGAUUACAAGUACAAGAACGUUUAUCAAAACAAAUUGCUGUUGCUGUUACAAAAGCAGUACAACCGGCUGGUGUUGCUGUUAUUAUUGAAGGUGUUCAUAUGUGUAUGGUUAUGCGUGGUGUACAAAAAAUUAAUAGUAAAACAGUAACAUCAACAAUGUUGGGUGUAUUUCGUGAUGAUCCGAAAACACGUGAGGAAUUUUUAAAUUUAGUUAAUAAAUAAAAUUUUAUGAUUUUCAUCUCUAUCAUUAAAAAUUUUUGUGAUAUAUUUUUUAUAUUGAUUUUAUUAUUUUAUAUUUUAUGUAUUUUAUUGGAAAAAAGAAAGAUAAGGUACGAGUAUAAUUAAAAAUAUUUGAACGCAUAAUAACUGGUAAUGAAACUGUUCUUUUAAAUUUCUUUUUUCUUUCAAAUUUUUUUUUUUUUAUAAUUUUAUUUAUUGAGUAAUUUAUUGUAAUGUUAAUGUGCAAAUUCUUUAACUAAACAUAA